AUAUGCUAUUAUUCGCCGGUUUGGACGUAUGAAAACAACAAUGGCGUAUUCCGUGAAUAUCUCCGUAGAAGCUCCGAUUGAGAAUCAGAUACAGGAAAUCACUUACGAUGGCCAAGAAAUUUACCAAGCACCUCUCACGUUAUCGGAGAACCUGGCAAAAAUUGCUCAAAAGAUCGACUUUAGCAAGACAAAUGGUGAAGAGGUAAAGAAGGAGCAGUUGGAGGGUAACGAGAAGAAUGAAGAAGACACAAAAGACCCUGCUUCGUUUCAAUCAUCCUUAUGGCCAUGGGACAGCGUUAGGAAUAAAUUAAGGAAUGCCCUGACAGAAGUUUGCGUAUUGGCCGAUGUACUUGCAAUAGCCAAGGAAAGAAAUUACAUGGUAUUGGAUCCGGUAUCUCAAGAACCAGUCGAUGUAAAACCUAUGAUACAAGUGUACGCUAGGAAAAAGGCACUGGCGGGAGCAGGGGCGGUUCUUUCAUCGGGCACGGAAAAACUACGAAACUGUCAGGCUGAAUUGUCAGCUAGAACCAGAGCCACUCCCGACUUUCACAUCGAAUUAUUGAGAUUACGACAAAAUUGGCGUUUGAAGAAAGUAUCGAACUCUAUCAUUGGUGACCUCAGCUAUCGAACUGCUGGCUCCAAGUACACACAAACAGGCAUGUUCGAAGUUACUAAAGCUGAGGAAGAAGAAAAAAGCAGUAGUAGUCCACCAGCGUCUCCUAGUAGCAAUAUAUCAUCAGGACAAUCUCACGGUCCUUCAAACUCAAAAGCAUCCGCCUUACGCGUGACCAUACCCAGCGAGUUACAAGGCGUUGCGUACAUUGAAGUAUUAUGUCAGAAAGAUCAAGAGGAUUUGUGCAAUGCAAAUAUAAGCUUGCUUAAUAGCAGUACGAAUAAUUCGAAUCCCGAUAUGCAUUGGCAGCAAAAGUUGGAGGCUGCGCAAAACGUUCUAUUUUGCAAGGAGCUAUUUAGUCAAUUAGCGCGAGAGGCUGUGCAUUUACGCGCGCCUAUACCUCACAUGGUUGUCGGAAAUCAGAUAAUGGCCACGGUACUACCGGGAAUUCAAUUAAUAAUUGGCCUGUGUCAUAGCACGGGCAACGAUAAAAAACCUACGGCUCCACCACCCCACAAAACAGACCACGAUCAUGUAUUGGAGCACUCACUGCAUCAGCUGUUGCGCGAAGUGCAUUACAAUAACAGUAAUCAUCCAUUUCCUCAUCCUGCCUCGGCACCUCUCGGUCCUAGUAAACGCAGAUACGUAGCCGGCCCUACUGCCGCCGACAGAUACGAGCUUCUAGAAAUGACGAAGAGCCAGACGCUAUUAGAACAAAUUAUCCAACAGGCACAACAUUUUUUUAUGCGUUUACGCACGGAAUACGUAUUGGACACGAUAGCGAAGGAGGUGAAAGAUCCGCUCAUUGUUUCACAUUGGAACGCGUUGAAUUCGCCAACACAGUCCUGCGUAAAAAUAAAUAUCCUGACACACGGAUACGACAGCGUAUGCCGAACGUCGAUGGUCGUUCACGUCGGCGAAAAGUCACUGAAAUGUGUGUGCCGCGAUGGUAGAGUCAUGCAUAUGAGUUACGAGCCUCAGGAACUGAGGGAUCUAAUCUUUUGUCAGAUUUAUCAACAUCAAAUAAGCGCAGUGCAAGCUCUAGCCAAGUGUAUGGGCUGGCAAUUCUUAGCAAACAGCUCACACCUCGGCCUAGGUUCGGUGGAGCCACUGGGAAAUGCCAGUAGUUGUAUCCUAGCUUCGCCAAUUGGCGACAGAAUGAUAGCUGUACGAUGUGAACCGCAAACGGGUGUGCAAGUCGCCAUUGCUCACUCUCCCCGAAAGGAUUUCUUUCCCGGUCAACUUGUUCGCGAAAGGAAGUGGGAGAAUUUGGGAGGUUCUUUCAAAGAAGUUAGAUGGGAUAAAAUGGAAGGGAAGAAUUUUCUCAACAAAAUGGAGCUACUUAUGGCUUCUCUAACAAGUUCUUAAGUGUUGCAAAUUACAGUCAAACUUUGGUAUAGUUUUCGUUUGGGAUUGAAAAGAUUCUCUAUAUUUUUCUAUGUACUUUUAAUCUGUCCUCAUAUUUUAACGGCAUAGAACAAAAUUACUAUCGCACGCACAAUCAAUUUAGAGUAAGAAAAAAAAAA